GUGGAGAAGGAUACAGAGAUACGAAACAUGCGAGCUGCAAGAUUCACCCAGUGACCCUCGGAUGCAAAGCUGCAGUGUGAUAGCGGGCGGAGAUCAAGAGCGGCAAACGUUCACGAUCUUCACUAAAAUCAGAAGCCGGGUGAAGUGUGGAAACAGCAGCCAGGAUGCAGCUAACAUUACAUUCAAACCAAGUGAAAACGUGAAAAUGCACCCUCCCUUCGCUCCUUCCAUUGUGGACAGCACCAACAUUACCUGGACUCUGAACCAGAAUCUGAUCCCAGUGUACCUUCAGCAAAGAGAGUUUCAAAUCCGAUUCAAAUGCAAAGGGAACUCCUGGGAGGACUCCAGUUUGAUCUCCGAGCUUCAAGGUCAGGAGUGGACCCAGCUCAACGAGAAGUGGCUGGACCGGGAUGCGGUGUACGAGACUCAGGUUCGAGUCAAAUCCCAAGAAUAUGCAGGAGAGUGGAGCGAGUGGAGCCCAGUUACUGAGUGGAGAUCUCAAGUGGGAAAUAUGGCUGAAGGGGGCAGCUUGAAGUGUGUUUCUGAUUACAAAUCCACGCUGAGCUGUGCUUGGAACACGACAGGGAAGCUGAGAGAGUCUUCAUGCAGGCUUCACUUCACGUGGACCGUAAACAGGGGGCGGUAG